GCGUAGUCGUGACUGCUUUUACUUCUGCACCGGGUAACCAGGCAGUCCCAGCAGCAACACAGGGCCACACUCACUGACUACACCAUCUCGGCCUUCAGACCUGAGGUUUCGUUCUGCAGGAAGCAUUCAGCAACAUCAUCAUUCAACAUGCCGACUAGAGCUACCAAGACUCGGAAACUGAGAGGACACGUUUCGGCCGGUCACGGUCGUGUCGGAAAGCACCGCAAGCAUCCUGGUGGACGUGGUCUUGCUGGUGGUCAGCACCAUCACAGAACUAACCUCGACAAGUACCAUCCCGGUUACUUCGGUAAGGUUGGUAUGAGAUACUUCCACAAGCAGAAGAACCACUUCUGGAAGCCCACUCUCAACAUCGAGAACCUCUGGUCCCUCGUCCCCGCUGAGGCCCGUGAGAAGUACCUCUCCGAGUCCAGCGACGUCGCUCCCGUCAUCGACACCUUGGCCCUCGGAUACAGCAAAGUUCUCGGCAAGGGCAGACUCCCUUCCACUCCCGUCAUCGUCAAGGCUCGUUACGUCUCGAAGCUCGCUGAGGAGAAGAUCAAGGCUGCUGGUGGUGUUGUCGAGCUUGUUGCAUAA